UCUUAUUGAAAUUUGCAAUUUCUCUAAUCCCUCUAGCACGUAGAUGAGAAGUUGAAGCUUCAGGUACAGAAUUGAAAUCAAGAAUUCACUGAAGUGAUCUCCAAUCCAGAGAAACAUUGAUGAAAUUGAAGGGACAUUUUCAUUACAUUGGUACAUUUCCAGAAUGUCUCUAGUCCCAGAAUAUGAAGAUUCUUCAGAGGCCGAAAAUUCACCUUCUGAUUCUGAUGACAGUGAAACCAGUGUUAAAAUAGGCAAAGAGCAACAAGACACAACCCCAAAAGGUAAAUUAUUACCAGCACCAAACUUUGGUGGAACAAGAAAUGCUACUGAUGAAGUAAAGUCUUCAGUGUUCAAAAAUCCAUUCAUUGAAGCAGAAAAUGCCAAAGAAGCUAUACUGCAAAAGCAUGUGAAGAUGGUGGAAUCAAGAGACAACACAGUCAUCAUAAAUGGAAAAAAAAUCUGCUGGAACUAUCGCAAGGGUAGAUGUAGGUUUGGACACAAAUGCAAAUUUGCUCAUGAUUCUGAUAUUCAAAAAUCUGAUGACCAAAUAGAUUUGGAAAAAAAAUCGGCUGUCCAAAAUUCUGUGGUGUGUCAGAGUGAUCAAACUGGUGCCAGUGUGAAGACUGUGCCCCUUUCCACUACAGGACUAGAUUCAGAAACUAUAGGUGAUGAUCUUGAUUCUCUAAAGCAGAAAAGGAAACGUCCAGGAUUAACUCAAGGGCUGAAGCCAGGAAAGAAAGUCAUGAAGCAAUACCUUAAGCAUCAGAAAAAAUAG